AUACUUUUAACUAGGUUAUCACGAUAAACACUCCGAUACAAGUCGUUUUAUUCGACGGUGUCCAUUUUAGUGAUCGCACAUCACCGAAAGUAUAAACAAAGAAGACACAGUAAGAUAAACUUGCAUUUUCAAUAAGAAAUAUCAACCAUGGCAAUUUCAGUGGUCUCUACUCACAUGUAUGUGAUGGAAAAUGCUAUAGAACAUCACACCGAUCGAUUUGAAUUACUUAAUAGCAACUCUACAGUAAUACUUCGACGAGGACAACCAUUUUUAUUCGGAAUUCGGUUUAACAGGUCUUUUGACGUCAAUAAUGAUAUUAUUCGCGCAGUUUUAGUCACAGGUCCAGCACCUUCGCCAUCUAAAGGUACAAGUGCAGCGAUAAUUAUAAAUAAAAAAGAAAACUUGCCUGAUGAUAAAUGGGAUGCGCGUUUCAGCAAUAUCUCAGGAAGUACUGUUAUUGUUCAGGUACAAAUACCUUCCUAUGCUCCGGUAUCUGUUUGGAAAAUAUAUUUGCACACAGCUGUAAGAAAUUCAUCUGGGGUCAAUCAGCACGAGAUUGAAUCACCUAUCUAUAUUCUAUUCAAUCCUUGGUCUAAAAACGAUUUGGUCUAUAUGAGCCACGAGGAACAAAUAGAAGAGUAUGUAUUAAAUGACAAUGGAAAGGUAUGGCAGGGCACUUUGAAAGAACCAAAAGGACAUCAAUGGUUUUUUGGUCAAUACGAACCAGCCGUUUUGCCAUCAGUUAUGAUACUAUUAGACAGAGCUUUUAUUCCACAUUCCGAAAGAGGUAACCCAGUGAAAUUGUGCAGAAGUAUAUCAGCAAUAACAAAUAAUGUCGACGAUAAUGGUCUUAUCGAAGGAAAAUGGGAUGGAUCAUUUGAUGAUGGCACCAGUCCAUUUGCCUGGAUAAGUAGCGCUCCAAUAUUUGAAGAAUUCUACAAUACACAACAACCAGUCAAAUAUGGACAAUGCUGGGUAUUCUCAGGUGUCAUAGUAACUAUAUGCAGAGCUUUAGGCAUACCAUGUAGAUCAGUGACCAACUAUUUAUCGGCUCAUGACACAAAUAGUAGUUUGACCAUUGAUACAUAUGUUGACUUGAAUAAUGAAAAAUUGAAUAGUCAUCCUGACAGCUACACAAACGAUUCGUGUUGGAAUUUUCACGUAUGGAAUGAUGUUUGGAUGGAUCGUCCAGACUUACCUAAGGGAUACGGAGGAUGGCAAGUCAUCGACGGAACGCCACAAGAAACUAGUGAUAGUAUGUAUAGAUGUGGUCCAGCUCCCGUAGAAGCUAUCAGGAGAGGUGAAGUAAAUAUAGGAUUUGAUACAGCAUUCGUAUUCACAGAAGUCCGAGCUGAUUUGUGCGUUUUUAAACAGUCUGAAGAUGGUUAUUGGGCAAGAGUGAAAACAGUGCCAAAUUAUGUUGGAAAACUGAUAGUUACAAAGAAAAUUGGCAAUGAAAUAUUAGAUGGUCUAGAAGACAUGAAAGAAAUAACUGAUAUUUAUAAGAACCCGUUUGGUUCUCCGGAAGACAAAAUGGCAGUUAAGAAAGCCAUUAAAAUUGUACCAAUAGCUCAACAAAUAUAUGAAAUGGAAGAUAUUAAAGAUGAGGAUGUAGAGUUCAAAUUGUUUAAUAUCGAACACAUUACACUCGGGGAAAGUUUCAAAGUUGCCAUGAGUAUGCAUAAUACAUCUGCUGAGAUCAGAAAUGUUUCCGUAGUUCUAUCCGCCUCAUCGAUAUUAUACACUGGCACUACAGUAGAUAAGAUAAAAAGGAACCAAGCAAAAGUUACAUUAAAACCUGGACAAAGAGAAAAUCUUCAUACAUUUGUAAAACCUUCAGAAUAUUUAGAAAAAUUGUCAGCACAUGGACUGAUAAGAAUUUCUGCUGUUGCUAAUGUAGAAGACACAGAACAGUUAUGGAAUCAAGACGAUGAUUUCGCAGUUAAUAAACCACAAUUAACUGUUAUGAUAAGUAGUCAACCAAAAGUUAACACAUCAUGUAUAGCUUACUUAUCAUUUGAUAACCCAUUACCAAUAGCAUUGACUAAUUGUACCUUUAGUUUUGAAGGUCCAGGAACACACAAAGUUAUAAAAUUUAGGGACGUACAACCGAACGAAAAAAAUGUUACCCAUAAAGAAACUUUUAAGCCCGAAAAAUCAGGAGAAAAAACCGUCACUGUAUCAUUUAACUCGUUAGAACUAAAUGAUAUAACUAACACUAUCACUGCAAAUAUUUUACCAUGAAUACAUCAAAUAAAUAUCCUAGAAUUAAUCAUAACUUGUAUCUGUAAAUUUAAGAAUUUAUAUUUUAUUAUUAAAAUUUUAUUUUUAUAUAAGUAAUAAAUUAGGGUUUAUAAAUAGUUUUUAAACCAAAUUAAAUGUAACUAUUAUUAAAUUCAAAGUAAAAAUUAAUUUUCACAAAAUGGUAUACUCUGAGGCAGGAGAUACCUUAAAAACUUAAUGCUAAACAAAAGUAAAUUUAUUUAAGUGUAAACCAUCAUGAAGAAGUACGUUUGAAGUAUAUUUGUGUAUUUUUAAUCCAAUUAUUAACAAUUAAUUAUCAUUUAUUAUAAAUAGUAUUUAAUUCAAUUCUACUUCAAUACAAGCAAUUAAUUUAC